UGCUUGCACGUUGGUACCCUAUUUGAAAAGAGAGAAGAAAAUGAACUAAAAAACAACACCGAACCAUGUCAAGCUUGUUAUUUAACUUCCCAAACGAGGUUCAUUUUCCAUCAUUCCAGCAUUUCCGCACCCAUUUUCCGCUUUUCUACACCUCAAUUAUUUAAAUACCCCAGCCGCCCAGCACAGCCACCCAAGUUGCUCGACUCCUCUUUCUUGCUUUCCCCCUGUCUCUCUCUCGAUCUAUCCCCCUCUGAAAUAAAGAAAAAAAUAUAUAUAAAAAAAAUCCCAUCCCACCGCACACCCCAAAAGGAAAGGAACAAGAAACGAGAAGCAGCAACAGUGCGGCGAAGAGGUCAUGAGAAGAGGCCCCCCUCGCCACCUCUUCCCCCAUUCCUCCGCUCUCCCAUUCCCACUCCUCUCCCUGACACACAACUCCCCCUCUUCUAGACCUCUCCCCACUCUUUCCUUCUGAAACGUCUUCAAGUCAUCAGUCAGCUGAGAGAGAGAGAGAGAUAGAUAUAGAGAUAGAUAUAGAGAUAGAUAGAUAGAUAGAUAGAUAGAUAGACCUGCUAAGAAGGACACGGGAGAGUAAAAAGGGCUGAGCAGCGUCGCAGCAGCAGCAGUUCAGUUCAGCAAUGGAGGAUUCACUGAAAUCCCUCUCCUUGGACUACUUGAACCUGCUGAUCAAUGGCCAGGCCUUCAGCGACGUCACCUUCAGCGUCGAGGGCCGUCUCGUCCACGCCCACCGCUGCAUCCUCGCCGCCCGCAGCCUCUUCUUCCGCAAGUUCUUCUGCGGCCCCGACCCCCCUUCCCCGGGUCUCCUCCUCCUCCACCAGGACCUCCACCCCCACCACCACCACGGCCCCCGCUCCCCCUCCGGCGCAUCCGCCUCGUCCCCCCGCGGGGCCUCCGCCGCCGGCCCCGUCGUGAUCCCGGUGAACUCCGUCGGCUACGAGGUCUUCCUGCUGCUGCUGCAGUUCCUGUACAGCGGCCAGGUCUCCAUCGUCCCGCAGAAGCACGAGCCGCGCCCCAAUUGCAGCGAGCGCGGCUGCUGGCACACCUCUUGCACUGCCGCCGUCGACCUUGCCCUCGACACCCUCGCCGCCGCCCGCUCCUUCGGCGUCGAGCAGCUGGCGCUGCUCACCCAGAAGCAACUGGCGAGCAUGGUCGAGAAGGCGUCGAUCGAGGACGUGAUGAAGGUGCUGAUGGCGUCGCGCAAGCAGGACAUGCACCAGCUCUGGACCACCUGCUCCCACCUCGUCGCCAAGUCGGGCCUCCCGCCUGAGGUCCUCGCCAAGCACCUGCCCAUCGACGUCGUGGCCAAGAUCGAGGAGCUCCGCCUCAAGACCUCCCUCGCCCGCCGCUCCUCCUUCAUGUCCCACCACCCACUCGACAUCGCCGUGGCCGGCGUCGGCCCAUCCUCUGCUGCUGCUGCCGCCGCCGAGCUCGAGGACCAGCACCACAAGAUCCGGCGCAUGCGCCGCGCGCUCGACUCCUCCGACGUCGAGCUCGUCAAGCUCAUGGUCAUGGGCGAGGGGCUCAACCUCGACGACGCGCUCGCCCUUCACUACGCUGUCGAGAACUGCAGCCGCGAGGUCGUCAAGGCGCUCCUGGAGCUCGGCGCGGCCGACGUCAACUGUCCUGCAGGGCCGGCAGGGAAGACCCCCCUCCACAUCGCCGCCGAGAUGGUCUGCCCCGACAUGGUCGCCGUCCUCCUCGACCACCACGCGGACCCCAACAUCCGGACAGUUGACGGGGUUACUCCACUCGACAUCCUCCGUACCCUCACCUCGGACUUCCUCUUCAAGGGCGCUGUCCCGGGGCUCUCGCACAUCGAGCCCAACAAGCUCCGGCUCUGCCUCGAGCUGGUCCAGUCUGCGGCGAUGGUCAUGUCGAGGGAGGAGGCAGCGAAUAGUGGCGGCGGCGGCGGCGGCGGAGGUCGCAAUCCCAGCACGGCCAUGUACCAUCCUCCAAUGAAUCCCGAGCCCAGCAAUUGCAAUGCCAACAGCCUCAGCAGCAGCAGCAGCAGCAGCAUGGUUAACCUCAGUCUCGAUUCGAGAAUGGUAUACCUCGAUCUUGGCAUGGCGGCGCAAUUGGGGUGCAAGAUCAAUGAUGGGGGUGAGGAUGACAACAGCUGCAGUAGGUCUCAAGGGGGUGGUGGUGGCAUUGGUCCAUCAUCCUCCAUGUAUUCUUCUCAUGGAUUCCCGUAACUACCUUGUAAGCUAAGCAAGGAACCUCCUACUGGUCUAUAUAUCGCAUUAUGUCAUACUCUAUCUAUUCUAAUGCUCAUGAAUGGGAAAAGCAGGCUAAAGCUAGGCCAGGAAGCAAGAUAUAUAUAUAGAGAAUUGAAUUGGAAUAUUUCGAGGUUUUCUCUCCUUUUUUUCUUCUUGUAUUUCUAUCUUUCCUUCUACAAAAGUUGUUUGGGGAUGUUGUAGGAAUGGGGGCAGGUCAUGGGCAACUGCAUCUAGACACAAGAGGGGUUUGCUGAUUAUUUUAUUUUGAUUUUUUAUAUAUAUAUUUUUGUUUGCGUUUUGGGAUUUCGGUAUUUUUUUUGGAGUAUUGGCUCUCAUGGAUGGGCAGCAGCAUGUGGGGGAUUUGUAGAGGGAGACAACGAGAAUCUAAGUGAGCUUUGAAUGAUGGAGGAGAUGCAGGUCAAUCUUUUCACUCCCUCUGGCCUGUCACCCCUUUUGUUUUUAUUGCUAUAUACAAUAUCAGAGCCUAUUUAUUUA